CGUAGGAGGAGGAGAGGGCUCGGACAUGGAGAGAAUCAGCACUGGCCCGUUUGAUAGAGAUUGGUCGUUUUUUUUUUAUUUAUAAGCCAAAAAAAAACCUAAAAAAACAAAAACCGAGAGGCCUUAGAAAGAAGACAAAUAACAACAAGAACAAAAAAAAAAACAACAACAACAAGCAAACAACGCUCACCCCCGGCACAAAAAUCAAAGUGGAUCAAAUGGACUGAAUGAAGACUGCCUACAACGCCUAUCGAUGCCUGGCCAAGGAUCUGGACGCUUACGCCAUGAACCCGGAGAUGACAAUGGACAGCAUUGGCAAUCUGCACGGCGGCGGCGGGAUAAGCCAUGAGCAGGAUCUGAUGGGCAGCCCCAGCCCCCACCACAGCCGCGGCGGCGCGGGGGCCUCGUCCUUGCGGAUACACCAGGACCUGGCUUCGGCGUCGUCGCGCCCGAUGGUGUCCGGCAUGGCCACGAUCCUGGACGGCGCGGGCGAGUACCGACCGGAGCUUUCGCUGCCUCUCCAUCACGCCAUGAGCAUGCCGUGCGACACGUCCCCCCCCGGGAUGGGCAUGAGCGGCACCUACACCACGCUGACCCCCUUACAACCGCUACCCCCCAUUUCCACGGUCUCGGACAAGUUCCACCACCCGCACCACCAUCAUCACCACCACCACCACCACCACCAGCGCUUGUCCGGGAACGUGAGCGGCAGCUUCACGCUCAUGCGGGACGAGAGGGCUCUGCCGGCCAUGAACAACCUCUACAGCCCCUAUCAUAAGGACAUGGCCGGGAUGGGGCAGAGCUUGUCCCCGCUGGCCAGCAGCCCGCUGGGCAACGGCUUGGGCUCCAUCCACAACGCCCAGCAGGGCCUGCACAACUACGGCGCGCACGGCCACGACAAGAUGCUGGGCUCCAACUUCGACCCCCACACGGCCAUGCUGGCCAGGGGCGAGCAGCACCUCGCGCGAGGCCUCGGCGGCCCCGGCGCGGCGGGCAUGAUGCCCCACCUGAACGGGAUGCACCACCACGCGGGGCACCCGGGCCACCCUCCAUCGCACGGGCCCGUGUUGGCCUCCAGUCGGGACAGGCCACCCUCCUCCUCCUCGGGCGCGCAGGGCAGCGGCUCGGGCCAGCUGGAAGAGAUCAACACCAAGGAAGUGGCGCAGCGCAUCACGGCCGAGCUCAAGCGCUACAGCAUCCCGCAGGCCAUCUUCGCGCAGAGGGUGCUGUGCCGCUCGCAGGGCACCCUCUCCGACCUGCUGCGCAACCCCAAGCCGUGGAGUAAGCUCAAAUCCGGGAGGGAGACCUUCAGGAGGAUGUGGAAGUGGCUGCAGGAGCCCGAGUUUCAGAGGAUGUCCGCGCUACGGCUGGCAGCAUGCAAAAGAAAAGAGCAAGACUCCAGCAAGGAAAGGAGCAAUACACCAAAGAAAUCCCGCCUGGUUUUUACUGACCUCCAGCGGCGAACGCUACUGGCCAUCUUCAAAGAGAACAAGCGCCCGUCCAAAGAGAUGCAGCUGACCAUUUCACAGCAGCUGGGACUGGAACUGAGCACUGUUAGCAACUUCUUCAUGAACGCCCGCAGACGGAGCCUGGACAAAUGGGUGGACGAGAGCAGUCCCGGAGGAGCCUCGUCCACCUCCAGCACUUGUACCAAAGCCUGAUUCUGGAAAGCAGUGGGUGGGUGGGGGUGGGGGCAGCACAGGGAACGAGCAAAAGGGGGGUUGGGUCGGGAUGGGGCCGAAGAAAGAAGCAGCAGCAGCAGCAGCUUGGGUGAAAGACGUGACGGGUUUAUGCUGGGACGGGGUUUGUGCGCCAGGGAGUGGGUGGGGCCAGUCAAAAAUCACCAAAAAAAUCCUUUUCGGGUGGAGCUGAAGAAGGGAGCGGGGCUGCUUACUGGCCAAUGUAGCAAAAAUAAAUCAUCCAAAGAGUCAUAGGGAGGAGAACAGCCAUCAAUACACUGCCUAUACCCCAGCAUUUGCUUUUGAACAACAAAUUAUUCCACCUUCCCUGUUACAAAUGCACACUGAUGCUGUAUCCAGUGCAGGGUCAGUUUGCAUGCGGUUGUAUGCUGACAUCAUAAUGUGCCCCAAAAAUGGGCAGAAUUUUCAAAAGUGAAUGCCAGAUGGGUCCAGACAUCGUUUACAUGACCAAUUUGAACUCAGACCACAUUCUAUUCCUUUAUGUUCACGCUUUUUGCAGCUGUCCUUUAAGGAGAUGUUUCACAAUCCCAAAGCUUUCAGAUUAACAGAGCAAACACACCAACACACACGCCUGAAUUCAGCAGUAAACCUCAGUCGGAGCGUUAGUAAUCCGAGCUAGCGUGCUCAAAAUAUCCGAACAUCCAAAAAGUCAUCUUCCUGCUGACGGGUGGUCGAUUUUACAGUGUCUGCUAUUGGCAGGGAUGCAAGCACAAAUCUAUCAUAGUUAAGUAAAGGCAACAUUCAGGAAAACACAGACACACGAACAGUAAACUGCUACCACUGCAGUCUUUUCCUCCUCUCAAGAAAUUAAGUGGUCAGCCAAGUAUGUGAGCACAAUUUUGAAGCACAUUUCAUUUGCAAUAGAAAAGGGGCUGGACCAUAGAGAUUGUUCUUCAAUCAUUAGAAAACUCAGGAUGCCAUUUCUAUGAUGCGACUGAAGAACAUCCACUACAGCAGUUUCUCUCUCUCAUCAUAAAGAAACCCCACGAUGGUCAGAUAAGCUAUAAACACAUCCAUCCUACAAUUUCCACCCAAUCAUGACGGAUUAUUUUGAGCCAUUCAUUCAAUAGUACAUCUAUUUAUGACAUUAUAUUUUUCUCAUUAUAUAUACACAGCUAGUUAUGGAGCCAGAUGAAAGUGAACUGGCAUUGGCAAUCAGGGCCUUUAUAAUAGAAUAAAAGAGGACAAUCUCCUAAGCAAUGCCUGUCAGUUUAGCUUUCUCAGAGCUUCUUGGAAAGGAAGAUGAGGUGAGCAGCUCAGUGUGGAGAUGUAAGGCACACCUGUCUGUAGGGAUCAGACAGGUCGGCAGUGCUUUACAUAUAUAUAUAUAUAUAUAUAUAAAAAACACUGAGCUAUCAAUCUCGCUCUCUUUUCUUUUGGUAGGGCAAGAACGAUUAUUUUUUUAUCUCAUUAACGUCACCCCAAGAGAUUUAGCUCUCAUACUAUACAUUCAGCCAAGCCCACCCAGGUCAGCCUCCACCAAGCAGAAUCUUAGGCGAAAGAGCCAGUAUGCAGCCCCCUCCCCGCUACAAAGAAGGCCAAAGGCUUUAAUGGAUAAUUUCAAAAGUGGACACUUAAGACUUUUUCUAUUUAUUGACAAAUCGAAACCAAAGAAACUUUUUCUGCACCUAACUGUUCUACAAACUAAAAAAAACAAACUGUUCUAAAGACGACAAAGAAAAGAAAACGAAAACAAAAAGGAACAGCGACGAACAAACGACGGCGACGAAGAAGAUAAAGACAAGGACGAGCGGAACGAUGAUGAGGAGGAGGACGAAGAGGACUCUGUUCUGUUCUGAUUCGUCGAAGACUGUGGAAAGGGGAAGCAGAACGGGGCUGGAAGGGUUUUUAAAAAAAAAAAAAGAGUGUGGAAGCGCGGAAGCCGCUUUCUAAAGGCCGAAUAAUGUGUCUCUCUCUCAAAACAAAAAAGUUGAAGAUUGUCUUUAACGUGUGCCUAUGCAGUUUUACACCAAAAUGGAAAAAACGAACAACAAGAACCUCAUCAGCUACAAUACCAAAGAUUCCUAACUACACCCUGCAGCAGUUCCCUUGUCCCCCUUCCCUUUGGUUCCUGCCAAAAGCCACAUCCACACGCAUGCACGGUGGAGUGCGUCCAUGCCUGCUACGUGUGUGUGUGGUGGUUUCAAACAGUGUGCCUCUGUCCAAACAUGGGAGCUCUGGAGAUUCAGUCGCUUUAGCCCACCCAGCACAGACUACCUCGCUUCUCCAUUAUCUCACCCUGCCAGUGUGGGGUCUCUGAUAAGCUGCACCCCCCGGCCCAGCACGCAGGGCGUAACUUGGCCAGUAGGCCGACCAAAGAUAAACCACCACAUCCCACUUGAUGAUGCUAUACUUCAGUAUAAACCAUCCACCAGUGCAGGUGGUGUCCAGUGCUUUUACCUCUUACAUUUAGAUUGGCCAGAUACCAAAAACAUUACAUUACAGUUAUAAAACAACAUUAGAACACCUUUAGAUCCCAUUAGUAAACCACCAAAUGCAUUUAGAAUCUGCCGUUGGUCACCUGCUAAACCAUUAGAAUCCUUUUCAUUGUGAUAUCAACCCAUUACAAAAGCCAAAAAACAUCACAAAAACACUGGGAACCAACAGAAACACUUCAGCAGAGUCUUGAUCUGUUCUAGCUUUGGUAGCUUUAAGGUCGUGGCACACUGACCCAGCGUUCCCCAACAAAAGUCAAACUCUUCAUGUUGACAUUUGUUCCAGAAUACGAAUGGACAGGGGAAAAUGUUCUAGAACAUUGUGAGCGGGUGGGGGGGGGGUUCAUUCUAGAACAAUGUGCUUGGGAAGAACAUUCUAGAACAUUGGGUGUGAGGGAGGACAUUUCUGAACACAGAAUGUAAAUAAUAGUGUAGAAUAGUGUGAAUGGGGUGACAGUCUAGAAGAGGAUGAAUGGGGAGAAUGUUCUAGAAUAUUGUGAAUGGGAAAGAACAUUCUAGAACAGUGUGAAUGAGAGGUCAUUCUAGACCAGUAUGGAUGAGGAAACUUGCCAGAACAGUAUUAAUAAGGGAGUGCGUUCUAGAACAGUGUGAAUGGGGGAGAACAUUCUAGAAUGGUGUGAAUCAGAAAGAACAGUCUAGAACAAUGUGAAUGGGCCAUUCUAGACCAGUGUGAAUGGGUCAUUCUAGACCAGUAUGAAUGAAGGAACAUGCUAGAACAGUAUUGGAGAGUGUUCUAGAACAGUGCAAAUGGGGUGACAUUCUAGAGCAGUGUGCUUUGGGGCGGGAGGGGCAUUCUGGAACUGUGUGAAUGGAGAGAACAUUCUAGAACAGUGUGAAUGGGGAAGAAUGUUCUAAAAUACUGUGAUUGAGGAAGAAAAUUUACAACAGCGUGAAUGAGGGAAGAAUAUCUAGAACACUGUGAACGGAGAGCGUCCUAAAACGGUGCGAAUGGUGAUAAUACUGUAGAAUAGUGUGAAACGGGGGGAACUACUGGAACAGUGUUAAUAAGAGAGAAUGUUCUGGAACAUAGUGAAUGUGGGGAACGUUGGAUCUGUGCGCUACAGUUAGCACCACGUUUAGCCGUAAUCUGAUCUCAGAUUAAACCUUUUGUCUAAGCGACUGAGUGUGAGCUCCCAUGUUUGCGAGAGAGCUGUUCAGGGGUCCGGAGGGUCAGGUGAUCCAAGGCACAACCAAGACCAACUCCAUGCUCCAACACGACGUACACGCUCACAGCUGGAAUGUCCGAAAAGCCAACAGUAACAACAAACCUAACCGACGCAGGUUCACCAUUUCCAGAGGAAACUGCUAAAGUAUCGGUCGAAUAGCUUUAUCUAUUAGUUUUCUCUCUUUAAAGCUUCUAGUCCAAAGACGCUCCGCCGAGCGCUGACCUCUUCGUGAGGUCAUGGCGGAGUCCGCUUCCACUUUUCACUUCAGUCAGGUCUUGAGAAACGUAGGCCAACUUUGGGUACGAAAUCCAACCGAAAAUAAGAGCUUUACAUUGCUUGUCUUUAGUACUUACAUUUUGCCGAUGUACAAUAAGUCUUUCCUAGGUUUUCUUUGCAAUAUGUGAUUAUUUAUGUAAUUUAUAUUUGUUAUAAUUGAACUUAAUUUAAAAUUGCCAAAACUCCCCUGAAACCCUUUUCCCUGAUUAGCUUGCCAAAGUUUACAUUUUUUUCAUUUGAGUGUCUGACACUGUUAUUUAUUUAUGACAAAUUGUGCUAGUACACGUGCAUAGAUUUUUUUUUUGUUUGUUUUUCUUUCUUUAAUUGUAAUUAUUUAAUGUUAUUUAAUUAGUUCUAAUUGUUUGGAUUAAUAUUUAUGGCUAUUUGAGAAUGUUAGUGCAUCAAAGAUGCAGUGCUUAUCCUCCCCCUGUUAAUUUAUUAUUAGUUAGCUUUACUUUAAAAAGCAACAAAAGCGUGCGUUUCUAAUUUUACGUAGGCUUAAUGAGAACAUGAAUGUGGUAGCUGCCAGAUCCUUAGUUGGUAUUGACUCGUUGCCAAAUAUUAUUUUUAUUAAUUUAGCCUGUUUGUUUGUUGAUUUUUAUCCGAAUGGAAACAAUCUACUGAUUGAUACUUUCUGAAUGAGCACUGUAUCUUGGCAUCUGUGAUUGAUUAACCGUUCUGUCGAGAGACCUUCUCUUUGCAUCCUGCUCGCCAUGAUGGACAAGCAAUUCAUUUCAGCCUGUUUUGAUUUUUUUUCUUUUUUGAUUUUAUUUCGUUUUGGACACGGAUUGGACAGGGCAACACGUUAAUAGAGAUCAAAGCAGAAUUCACCAAAGAUAAAAAAAAACAACCAAGGACGCUGAGAGGCCGUUUGUUCAUUGCUUCACUCGUAGAAGGAUAACAGAGGAUUCCCUUGAAAAAAGGAAAAAAGAAAAAAGAAAAAAAAAAACUAGCUGCUUCCAAGACUGACUUGUGUGCGUGUAAAAAAGUCUUUCUAUUUCUAUAGUGAGAACCAAAGAGGCUACCUCACUGAAUUUUCCAUUUGUAAUUUUAAUCGUGUUGAUGAAACCAAAGAUACCAAAGAUUUUUUUCUCUAGUACGGUCUGCGCUUGAUCUCAUGCUUUCAUUUUGGUAAAGUCACCCUCUCUAUUCUAAACCCCUCCCUCCAACCCCUCCCCUGACCACACCUUCUCUUAGGUCAGUAAACCAGGUGUUCCAGAAGGUCCCUCGCUGGUCAGAAUGUCAGCGAUACCAAAGCAAAAACUUCUACUUGGUCAGCCACGCCAUCUCAAGCCAUCCCUAUGAGCAUUCUUCUUGUUGAAGGGGAAUUCCACCCAUUGUUUCAGAAUUUCUGGACUAAUAAAUUCAUUUAGAGUGAAUUUGAAUUUAGUGUGAAAUGGUUCAUUGUAGAGACUCAGUGGUGGUGAUAGGAACCAGGGGUCACCAUGACUACAACACAAAUAUAGACAUUUUAUUUACUAUCAAAACCACUAGUUAACUUUUGAGUUUUCUUUUUUUUAUACGUUAUUAAUAAUAAAUCUGAAAAACGUUUUCCUUUGGGACUAUUUCGCUUACAGAACCAUCUGAAUGCAUUUUAAAGAGUGCAUUUCAGACCAGAAUGAUGGCAUCAGUGAAUUCAUAACCAUUUAACGUAAUAACUUUCUGUGAGGGAGCUUUUAGAGGUGGACGUCUGGUUCCUAUCACCACCGCUGUGGACAAUUCUGACUCAUUUAGAGAGUCGUUCUAGAACGAAGCAUUUCACACCUAAACCAUCCAAUUAUGGAGAAUUUUUAAAAGAUUGGUGGAAUUCCCCUUAAAAAUGCUUUAGUAUUUGUUCUGAUUGUAUAAAUAGAGAAAAGUUGGCCUAAAAGUUUCUGUUUCUAAACAAAAACUUGUUGUUUUGUUAUCCAGAGGGUUCUAUCAUUACAUGAUUCUGUAUCUGUGUUUUCUUUACCGAGUGCCAAAGUACAGCCACUGUCACUGUAUGACAGAAGAAUGAGACGGAAAUCCAUCAGGAGUUAUCAUGAGUAGCUAUCAAGUAUCUGUUUCAACACAAUGCAAUAUUAAUGAUCUCCAAAGGAACAAAAGCCACAAACUGCUUAUGGAAAAAAAAAAAAAAAACGUUUGAAAAUCAAAGAUCUCUCAUACCAAGCCAAAGAGACUGGUGAGGAGAACCUUCUGGAAAGCACCUCAGAGGCAUCGCCAGGGUAGUGCUGAUGCUUCUGUUGGUACACUUGCGUUUAAUCAUUCCUUCCCACUGAAAGAAUAAUAAGUGUUGAGAAGCCAGAAAAUGGAAAGAAUCCAUUUAAGAGGGGCAAACGCUGAAUAAUACAGCAUCAACAAUGGCCAUAUUGAUUUUCGUCAGGAAUGGGAUUUAUGAUCUGUAAUAUUUCAACGUGAGCUCCUUCAGGCGCUGAAAAAGUGACACGUUGGAUUCAAACGUGUGUCAUUUCCACAUGAAUAAACAUAAACUUUGUCUUUCAGUUGACGCACUGUUGGCAGUGUUGGUGGAAUAAACAGUGCUGUGCAAAAGUCAGAGACCACACUUCAUUAAUUUGUUUAAUUUUCAGCCAAAACCACUAUUUUGUACAAGUUUAUACAUUUUCAGGAGUUAUUUUUCAGGAGAUUCGAUAUAAGAUGAAGAAGGAGGAAGUCAAAGAUAAAUCAGUGACCUUCAAAAACUGUUGAAAGUGAAAAAUUGUUCAAAGCUACAGAGAAAAUUGGGUUCCUAACAACCACCUGGAAGACCUGGUAGACACCAAAACUGCCCCCAUCAGAUAAACAGCACUUUGUCGCUGUCAAGCAAAAACAUUGUUAUUGUCUUGAGUCCAGACAGGCCAUGAGCUGUUGCCAUAAUUUUCUGGAUUGUUAUCUUGAGAUAAUGAGUUAAUUAUCUUGUGAUCUCAAGAUAGCAACUUUGUUGUCUUGAGAUCACAAGAUACCGUAUCAUUGUCUCAUGACAACAACUUUGUUGUCUCGAGAUAACAAGACAAUGAACUCGUUAUUUCAAGAUAAAAGCUUUGUUAUCUCAAGAUAACAAUCCAGAAAAUUAUAACUAACUAUCUCAUGGCCUCUCUGGACUUCCAUACUUACUGGCUCAGUUUGAAAGCUCCAGUUACACUUUGCCUCAUGUUAAAAUGUCAUGAUGAACAGAGCAACAGAAACAGUCCAGCAUUACUUGGAAAUAAAUCUGGUUGUUUAAACUUCCAUUAGAAGUUAUGAAUGUUCUUUCCUUCUCCUGUAAAGUUACCAUUUUGGAGAAGCUUAAAGCUUUCAUCUCUGAGAGAGAGGAGAAAAUCAAGCUGCUUCAGAUCUGAAAACAUCCACAGGUGUUUCUGUCCAUCCUUCCACUGUGAGAAGACGACUCAGCGCUGUGGGUCUGAAAGGAUGUGUAGCUGUUCAAGAAGAACCUCACUGAGAAAAGGAGACGGACACAUCAAACAAAGAAGCUGAACAAUGGACUGACCACCCCAGAGUCCAGACCUCAACACCACUGAAUGUGUUUGAUUACUUCAGAAAAUGACCAACUUCUAAGACUGAACUUUGGAGGUGUGGAAAAGAAUGCAAGGCAAAGUCUGGACAUGAUAAGUACUGAAUUAAUGUAUUUAGAUAUGAGUAUAUAAUGAAAUGGCCUUUUUGACUGAAAAUAAAUGAAGGGUGGGUCUGACUUUCGCACAGCGCUGCAUUUUAUUCAUGUCGAGAUGACGAUUCUCUUCAUUUCUCCUGUAUUUUGUCUAAACGGGACCCCCGCAGAGAGCGCUUUCGUUGCAAAGUAUGAGAUAACCAUGGGAUGAGUGCCUUGCUUGAACCAAAGCGAAGUUUCGACCUCUCUGUACUUCUUUAUUCCUGCGUAUACCUCAGUGUCCGUCGUACCUGCACACGCGUCCAGCCCGGCGCGGGACCAGGUUUCGUGGUGCUUUGCAAUGCAAUCAUGCAAAGAAUGAAAGGAUUAAAAAAACCAAAAAUGAUACCAAAGGCUUCAAAACUACUCUUUUCUCUUUUCCUCCUCUCUCUUUCUCUCUCUCUCUGUCCUUCACUCAAUGGUCACAUAGCUUUAAACAAUGACAAGAGGGGAAAAAAUAAAAACACACAUAUAUAUAUAUAUAUAUAUAUAGAUAUAUAUAUACGAAAUGGCAUGUCCAGAGCGCAGACCGUGCUUUUCCUUACCAAAAUUUUUCUCAGAUAUACCUCAUAGAUAAUAGUGUUUAGGGUAAUGUUAUUAUAGCGUAUGUAAUAAAUUAUUCACUUGCUCUUCUUUUUUGGUAACUGUGACUUUACGAGACAAACGGAGAAAAAAAAAGCUUUAUACAUUUUAAGUUGUGAUUUUUGUAAUAGUUGAAGAGGUGCGCUUACCAGAAACAAAUGCUUGUCUUAUAAUCUCUUGUUAAUGUGACAAUUUUGUUGUUUUCUUUCAUCUUUUGUGGUACAGAGGGUUUUUUUUUGUUGUUGUUGUUGUUGUUGUUGGUUUUGUUAUCAGCUUUUCUUUCUCCUUCUUUUCGAGGGUGGGCUCAUAUUCUUUGUAAGGAUAUUAUUUUUGGAUUGGUGAUGGUUGCUAGACUGAGCCCGAGGUUUACAGUUUUCAUACUUCUGCCUAGAACGUCACUUCUUUCAUUGUAUUUAGGCUGAUAUUUUUACUCAUUAUCCCUUUUUUUUAUUAUUUCUUUCUGUCCUACUUGUUCUGUGUGAAGGUGUAGCAUAACAGUUAGCAGCUGUCAUUCAAAAGCUGUAGCCCCCGAUUUUAUGCAUGAGUAUAUUUACGGUUAGCUAGCAGUGUAAUGCAUUGUGGUUAAAAGCUUUGAGUUCCAGAAUCCGUCCCAUUUCUCAGUUCUGCAUGUCAGCCUGUUAUGGUUUUCUGAAAAGCUCGGCUCAGUUGUGUAUAUAUUGGCCCAUAUGAUCUUCCGUAUAAUUGGAUUCAGGCUUGGACAUCAUAAAUCAUUAGUUUGACCACUGAGUACUUUGGAAAUGUACCAUAUUUAUCCCCACACUAAUACACAUAGAGCUACUGGAGGCCUGUUUGCAAAAAUUUUAAGUGUAAUUGACUAACAGAGGCACCUAGAUGGCCAGUUUCCUUCCUUUCAACAAACCUUGAAUGCCAAAAGCACACUGCAGUUCAAAAGCUUGGAAUCACUCGCCAAUAUAUGACAAGUGUUAUUUAAUAAUAGCUUAUACAGUGAUUUAAAUGUUAUAAACUGGACACCAAACUGUAAACCAAUGGUUUAUUCACAAUUUGAAGUAUUCUGGGAUCAACAGGAAAAAAGUUUCAUAUCGCUGCUGCGGAAUAAAACCUUCUAUCUCCAUUUUUGUUUUUCUGUUUUUGACAUAAUCUGAAAAUGCCUGUUGCCCUUUACAUUGUGUGUACAUCUGAAGAUGAAUGGACCAAAAGAAACGUCCCAAAAUUACUUGGAAAAAUGUCUGGUUCCAUUGACUUAAGUAUGUUUUUCCUUCUCCUGUAAAGUUACCAUUUUGGAGAUACGAGGUUUUGUUCUGAAAGCAUCAAAAUGCUGUCAAAUAAUAAACUGUAAUUAAUUAUUUACAGUAACAUUUCUUGUCACAAAAUAACUGUAAGUAACUGUUUGAUUAGCAAGAUUUGGCCACUACUUUUAAAAUCAGAGGCAUCUGGAUAUUUAUUUUCUUAUAAAUUCAUUCUCAAUUUUAUACAGCUUUCUCAAACAUUUCUUCAGCAUCAUAUCAGAGUCAUUUUAUACAUGUACCAGCAACAAAAUUGGUUUUACAUGAAUCAAAACAGUGAUUCCAAGCUUUUGAACUAUAGUGUAAACCCAAAAGCCUCAAACACAGCGUCACAGAAUGAACUGUACCUGACAAUCUACUUUUAUUCGAACACUUCAUUCUGCUGAGAAGUACUGCUCUGAGGCAAGAAGUGCCAGCAUCGUUUCCAAAGAGCACCAACAUCUUACAGAACUGCAACCUAAAUGGUCCCUCUUAGACCCUCAGAUUGGACUAUAGGAAACCGAUUAAGCCAAUUAAAUUCGACCACAGUCUCUGUCCCACAUCCAGGCUUUAAUAACUAUGAAGAUUUGAGUACUAAUAGAAAGAUUUAGCUGUUAAAGGACUGUGAGUCGAGUGUGUUCAGGCUGUAGGCAUGAUUAAGGGGGGGUUUCAGGAUUACAGCCACUAUUCCCAAGACUAGAUCAAUAACCUGGACUUAUUAAAAUGUCUUUCCUUUUACAUUUCAGUCAUUUUCCUUUCCUUUUUUUAAAAUUGGUACUACAUUUUUGUUUAUUAGUGAAUUAUCAGAGUAAAUUAAAAAAAAAAAUGGUUGAUCCAAAGACUUCUUGAUCAUGUUCUUCCACAAUGUGUGAACACAAAAUAAAAGACAACUGAACAGUUUCAUUCCAAACUAUUUGUUUGUUUUAUCAAAACAAUGUUUUAUGCUAUCGUUUUUCAACUAUGAAGGCAUAUACAACCUCCAAAUGAUGUAUUAACGAAUACCGACUGUAUUAUUGACCAAAGAUAAAUCCGUCACUAAGACUACAGAUUGUAUUUUUCCUUCUUAUUUUCUUUGAAUUCUUCAUGUUCGAGAACGUUCUGUAUUGGGCUGAAUUAAGGGAAGCAGUUGAUGCAAUUUAACAUCAAAACGUACUGCUGGACAAGCAACUUUUCCAAAUGUACACUGUUAAAUUUGACUGUCUGUAUGUCUGUAUAACUGUGUUUAUCCGCAGCCGCAGUACGAUGACUUUAAUGCCAGGAAGCGCAAACCAUCAGAACGAUCAAUUCAGUGCUGUUAGAACCUGAACACAAGGUUCCACUUCAGACAUAAGCUUCAUAAUGCCAUGUUAGCUACAAGGCUUGUGCCCAAGUAAAGUAUUUAAGCCUCGUUCCCAGGUGAAAGUUUAACAUUUAUAUCGGAAUAUUUACGCAACUGAGGCGAUUUGCAUGUAAUUACGUAGUUUUACGUUUUUUUGAGCGAACAGUGCAUUCUGGGUCUGAUUUCUUUAAGCUCAGUGUAUGAAACUCCUGCCAUCAGGUAGGAUCUCAAAUUCGUAUUCGCGCCUCUCAUCUUCGCAAUAUUAAUAUCUGUGUUUGAGAUAAAAGAAAAAAAAGAAAACAUUACGGUAAUGAAGAAGAAAAAUCAUAUGUAUCAGUGUUACAUGUUCCAACGACCGCAUACACACACACACACACACACAUACAUUUGAGCUUUUGAAUAUUGUUCAGAGUGGUCGAUGUAUUGGGCACUUUAAAACCUUAGCAGAAAAAAAACAAAAUCAACAUCCCAGUCCUCUUCCAGAUGGUUCUGUUUGUGUGUUUGUGUACUGUUUAUCUUUGCUGUUUACCACAUUACGCUCUACCAUUGCUAAGCGCAUUAGUGAUUUGUCUGCAUCAAGCUUCCGACUUUCUUUUCUUUUUUGGGUUUUGUUUUUGUUUUUUGUUUGUUUGUUUUUGGUUAUUCUUCGCCUUUGGUACCUCUUGUUUUUAUUCCCACUAUCAUCAGAUGGUAGUGCUGUAUAUUCUGCUAUUAAUAUCAAAUAAACGGCUUUGAUUCAUUCACAUCAAGCA